AUGGCCGACUUCAAACCGUCCCGACCUCAACGCACUAAUACCGACGAUCUUUCUGACGCCGGUUCGGAUCGUUUGGAGACGGAAACGCUGAACGAAGAGGAACUUCCAACCUACGAAAAUCCUGAGCCAUCAAACACGACAGCGCAACUCCCUCCAGAGAAGUCUACUCACAGCCAAGGACCCACAACAUCAGCUCCCUUCAACUUUCCUACCGCAGACCUUCCCACAUACGAAACGGCCGUCGACUUUCAGAAACCCCUGGCCAUUCCACAGAGCUCACCAACUCCCGACGCACCCUUUGUCUCUGCGUAUCCAACCGAUCUUCUCACGUAUGGCAUUCCUGCAGAGAGCUGGUAUGCCUUUGUCGACACACUCUCUGCAUUCGUAUCUGCCAAGGUCUCUCAACAAGCAAUCCAUCACGCAUCAGACGUAGCCCAGAGCAUCCAAGACUACCACAAGCAAUACGUUACCAACGUCAAGCGCUCCUUCAAAUCCAUGGGCAAGUCGGCCAAGCAGUUCAAUCCGUUUGGCAUUGUUGGUGGCGCUUUGGGUUUGACCUUUGGGACAGUCGGUCAUGCCGUGGGCUCUGUCUUCAACGCACCUCUUAGUCUGAUUCAAAAGCCGAAGACCCCUCGAGAGCGAGCCACCGUCUAUGUUGCUGCUGCCAAUAAAGAUUGGUUCCACCGACGAGGACUGCAUGCACUCCUACUGGACACUUCUGAACUGGCCACCGUCCUGGGGACCUCCUAUCAUGACAUCCUUGGCACAGCAAGAGGCCGUCAAAGCAGCGAUGCUGUGGAGCAAAUGGCAUCACUGCGGCAAUGGAUAGGUGAUGUGCAAGCUCGGGUAGAUCCUGUCAAGAGUGGUGAUGGCGAGCGGUCGACGUCCUCACUCCAGCCUGAGGCUAGCAGCUCGCGCUUGACUCCUGUUUCCAGUCGGCAGAGCAAAGGGAAGAGUAGCAGCAUUGGUGAAUUUCCAUCACAGCUGCAGCUUGGUGCACAGACUUUGUGGUUGGUAAUCACUCAGAAAAAGAACGUGCAAGAUAUGGAGGUCGACGAGAAAGCAGGACCGACCCAAAGUCGGGAUUUGAGAAGCUGA